AUGGCAUCUCUCCGCUCAACCUCUCGUCUCUUCCGCAGCUCCUGCGCUCUCAUGCGCCCUGCCAUGGCCUCUCGAUCGUAUGCGACCGUUGAGACGAACGCAAAGUCCACAGAGGCCUCGUCCGCAGCCACCAGCGCACCAGCACCAAAGAUGAAGACCUUCAAGAUAUAUCGAUGGAACCCAGACGAGCCGACUGCUAAGCCUCGCAUGCAGACAUAUACCAUUGACCUGAACAAGACUGGUCCCAUGGUUUUGGAUGCUUUGAUCAGAAUCAAGAACGAAAAUGACCCGACUUUGACGUUCAGGAGGAGCUGCAGAGAAGGUAUCUGCGGCAGCUGUGCGAUGAACAUCGACGGAGUGAACACUCUUGCAUGUCUCUGCCGCACUCCUACCGAUACUUCUAAAGAGACUCGCAUCUAUCCUUUGCCUCAUACCUAUGUCGUGAAGGAUCUCGUUCCUGACAUGACACAAUUCUACAAACAGUACAAAUCUAUCCAGCCCUAUCUGCAACGUGACACUCCAUCGCCUGAUGGCCGUGAAAACCGCCAAUCCCCUGCUGACAGAAAGAAGCUCGAUGGUCUGUAUGAGUGUAUUCUCUGCGCCUGCUGCUCGACAUCUUGCCCCUCCUACUGGUGGAACAGUGAAGAAUACCUUGGCCCCGCCCUUUUGCUCCAAUCCUACAGAUGGCUGAUCGACUCGCGAGACGAGCGAACUGAACAGCGCAAGGCCGCUCUCGACAACAGUAUGAGUGUGUACAGGUGCCACACCAUCCUUAACUGCUCAAGAACCUGCCCCAAGGGCCUUAACCCCGGAAAGGCCAUUGCUGAAAUCAAGAAGAUGAUGUCCUUCAACUAG